AUGGGCGGGAUGAGCGCACCCCCCUGCCGGAGCGAAGAAGACACAGAUGAGAACUGCAUCACCUACGAUGACAUGUUCCGAAAUUACGACAGCGAAAACAACUCGGAGGGGAGGGGCAGCCCGGAGGAGAAUUGCAAUGUGAAGGAUUUCAUAACGAGUCUGCAUUUCAACAACCCACUUGAGGAGAGGAUACUCUCCAGGAGGAAGGCUUCCGCAUCACAAUGUGGGGAGAAAAAAGCAGGGAGAGACAACGAUGAUAAUGAUGAUGGGGAAGCAGCCACCCAUGGUGACAACGGGGAGGAAGAAACUUCCCCUAACAAGGAAGCAGGCGCGACUGUCGGAGAAGCAAACGGGUCGGCAUGCCAUCAAGAAUCGAAAGAGGACCUAUUCGGAUCGAACCCCACGCGCGUAGGAGUUUUCCCCAUGGAGUCCUCCACCCCCAAGCAGAGUUUAUUAGGCCAGAAUUAUCACUUCACCAGUAGGGCGUAUAAAAAUGGAGGGACAUCAGCAUCGGCAGGAGCGGUUGGGGUGGGGACUCUCACUGCCAUGAUGAUGCCACCUGACCCGUUCGCAAAUGAGAACAGCGUGAUGAAGAAAUUCCCCUCGCUGGGGGUGCUGGAGUCCGAAGAUGAGAAGGUAGAGAAGGCGGAGAAGCGCGCGGAGAACCCCGAGGCGACAAAAGGCCUACCGCCAACCAAUGACAACCGAAGGAGGGCGAAAAAAAAAGACUCUCUCAAAAGCAACGCUACAGCGAAACGGGAUGGAAGUGACCCAAACGUCGUGCCCAGUCAAACGGAACAGACUGGAAACCACUCCAUGAAUGGACCACUAAAUGAAUUCCCGUAUGAUAACCCGAUGCAAACCACCACCACCCCUGGUAGUACCCCCCUCAGUAGGAGCAUUUGCAUAAAAAAAAAUCCCCUUAAUGAUAACUACCAGGAGGUUGACUUCACAACGAGCGCUCUGAGGAGGAAGACCAAAUCGGGAGAAGGGAACAAAUUAAAAAGGAGAGGAGCCGCUCCAAAGUAUCUGAUGCUGAAGGUAGAUACAUUUGAGCUGAACAAGAUGACGAAGAGUAAACUGAAGCAUCCACCGGUUGGACUGGUAAACUUAGGCAACACGUGCUACUUGAAUAGCCUUUUGCAGGCCCUAUACAGCACCGUCUCCUUCGUGGUGAAUUUGUAUCUGUUUAACAUUCGAGAGGAGCCCAAGGAGGGGGGGGGCGAGCCCUGUUCAAACCCGUUUGCGGAGAAGGAGAGCCCUGCUUCUAGCCCCCAGGGAGGAGCAGCGCAGGGGGGGGGUAGCAAAAUGAACACGCUUAGCAAGCAGAACACGCUCAGCAGGCAGAACACACUGAGCAGGCUGAACACGCUGAACGGGACGACCCCCACCAACCAGGUAGCCACGGCAGAGUCGGAGAGAUUCCUACAGGAGCUAAAGAACCUCUACAUUAUAAUGACCACCACGAAGAAGACGUACGUUUCGCCUGACUGCAUUUUGGGUCUCCUCCCACACGAACUGAACAAUCGAAACCAGCAGGAUGUAACCGAACUGCUCAGAUACAUCUUCGACAAGCUGGGAGGGUCCAGUAGGGAGUUCCUUCGGUUGAUAUUCUCCGGUGUUCUCGUGCAGAAGGUCCAAUGCCAGAAGUGUUUCUUUGUCUCUAAAAAGGAGGAGGUCAUUCACGACUUGUCCUUCCCUGUUCCUGUGAAGGCGUCGGAGAGACUCUCCAUUCAGAAGUUUUUUGACACCUUUGUGCAGAAGGAGAAGAUCCAUGGGUCUAACAAGUACCGGUGCUCCAAGUGCAACAAGAAGAGGAACGCCCUCAAGUGGAACGAGAUCAUCUCCCCGCCCUGCCACCUCAUCUUGAUCCUCAACAGGUACAACUGGUCCUUCAGCUCCAACGAGAAGAAGAAGGUGAAGACGCACGUGAAGGUCAACUCGAAGAUUGUGGUGAACAACUUUGACUACAAGCUGUACGGAGGCAUCAUCCACGGAGGCACGUCUGCCUCCUCCGGCCACUACUACUUCAUUGGGAAGAAGUCCGAGCGGGAUCCGCAGGACGAAGCGAACGACUGGUACCAGAUGGACGACUCCGUGGUCAGCAAGACGAGCUCCAAAUCGAUUAACCGGAUUUCCAAGGACCCCUCCAACGACCACACGCCCUACGUUUUGUUUUACCGCUGCAAGCAGGCGCCCCUCUCCCCCGCGCUGCACUUCUAGGGGGCAGCGCGUGCACGAGCGAUCACAUGUGUAGUUGCACGCGUGCACCAUCAAGUGGAUGUGCAGAUGCUCACCUGCACAUGUUAUCGCAUGUGCUCGUUUGUUUUCCCAUUUCGCUCGCUUGUUCCCACUUGCUGCUCCCCUUUUGCGGUGCGGUCGCGCUCUGGCCACAGGUGCUUCGUUGUACGAAUUCGCCCGUGAAUUUCGCGCGCAGGUGUGGCCCCUCUGCACACCGCACCGUCAUGAUCUCAUACGAUAUGAUAUGAUAUGAUUUUAUUUUAUUUUUUUUUUCUUCUUAAUUCCACCCUUUUCCGUUUCC